CUAUUGCAGCCAUCUUCAUGUGCAGGAAUAAUAAGUCAUAAACAGGUAGAACGGAAUGCGGGGAAGAAACAGGAAUUCACAGUCCAAAAACCGACAGCAGAAGCCGAGGUUGAAGUGAGGCAGCGUCCAUUAAACUCCCGUCUAAAACUGCCCGGCAAGACCCCAAAGCCUCCUGAGUCUGUCCUUGUUAUUAUUCUUAUUAUUCUUCUUCGUUCUUGGUUCCGACGGGAUACACCCUCCUGGCUGUUCUUCUACCGUGAACGGGGCAUUUUCGGUCUAUAUUUACUCGUUACUCACAGACACCGCCCGUGGUGAUUCAUCCUCUCUGUCGGACUCGUGUUUCCUGACUCUUUUCUUUCUUUUUCCCGUGAGACAAAUAAUUGCAAAACAAUGGUUGCAGAUACUCUGGUCCAUCAUCCUGCCAUAGCGCAUUACUUGCGCUUCGUCGCGACAACAGUCGGUCGAGACAAGGCCCUCCGAACACUCCAGUACUUCUCCCGCUUCUACGCAUGGUACCUCCUACGAACCAACCGUCCCCAAUCCUCCAUCGACACGUACGAGACCAUCAAGAAGCAAUUCGGAACAGCACGGAAGCUCCUCCGACUGGGUAAAUUCGUCGAGAAUCUCAAGGCAGCCGCCGUCGCGUACGACAACAAAACCCCCGCCGACCCCGUCCUCAAAUACCUCGCUAUCGGCCGCCAGCUCGGGUACGCCGGGUACCUGACCAUCGACAACUUCACGGUGCUAGACCUGCUGAAGGUCAAGAAACUCUCCUCCAUCAAGCCGUACCAGGAGGCUGCGUAUCGGUUGUGGUUGACCGGGCUGGUGUUUAGCGCGGUGGCGGGCUUCUACACGCUGUGGAAACUGCGCGAGACGGAGAAGACGGUUAACCGGAAGGAGGGCGAGGGAGUGGUUGAGGCGAAGAAGAUUGAACGCCAACGCGCCGCCGCCCGUAUCCAACUCUUCUCCGAUCUGUGCGAUUUGACCGUUCCCCUUUCCAGUCUCGGGAUUGUCAGUUUCGAUGAAGGCAUCGUGGGCAUUGCCGGUACAAUUAGCAGUUUGAUAGGCGUAUGGUCGCAGUGGAAGAAGACGGCAGCAUGAAAUGGAAUGGAAUGGUAGGAGCUCGGAUCUGACGUGGGCUGAUGUGCAUACGGACUGUUAAUUUGAUAGAGGAUUAUUCUAUUCUUGGAUCAGGCUUUACUCUAUUAUUGAUUUCUUUACGCUGGUGCCUUUCUAUUUCCUUCGUUUCUGGGCGCCAUUGGAUAGUGUUUUGACAAUGCUAUUAACCCCAACC